UGCGACUGCUGUCUGCCAAACGUGCGCCAGCUGCACCAGGCGCUGACGGCGCUGCUGAGCGAGGCGGAGCGGGAGCAGUUCACGCACUGCCUGAACGCCUACCACGCGCGCCGCAACGUCUUCGACCUGGUUCGCACCCUGCGCGUGCUGCUGGCAGCCCGGUCAAGCGGCGCCUGCUGCCCAUGCUUCGGCUGGUCAUCCCGCGCUCUGACCAGCUGCUCUUCGACCAGUAUACAGCCGAGGGCCUCUACCUGCCCGCCACCACCCCCUACAGGCAACCCGCCUGGGGCUGCCCCGACGGCGCGGGGCCCGGGGAGGUGCGCCUAGUGAGCCUAAGGCGCGCCAAGGCCCACGAGGGCUUGGGUUUCAGCAUCCGCGGGGGCUCGGAGCAUGGCGUGGGCAUCUAUGUGUCACUGGUGGAGCCAGGCUCUCUGGCCGAGAAAGAAGGGCUGCGAGUUGGGGAUCAGAUUCUGCGUGUCAACGACAAAUCCCUGGCCCGGGUGACCCAUGCUGAGGCCGUCAAGGCCCUCAAGGGCUCCAAGAAGCUGAUGCUGUCUGUGUACUCAGCGGGGCGCAUCCCUGGCGGCUACGUCACCAACCACAUCUACACCUGGGUGGACCCUCAGGGCCGCAGCAUCUCCCCGCCCUCAGGCCUGCCCCAGCCCCAUGGCAGCACCCUGCGGCAGCACGAGGGUGAUCGGAGAAGCACCCUACACCUCCUGCAAGGCGGGGAUGAGAAAAAGGUGAACCUGGUGCUGGGGGACGGCCGGUCCCUGGGCCUCACCAUCCGUGGGGGAGCUGAGUAUGGCCUGGGCAUUUAUGUCACAGGUGUGGACCCGGGCUCUGAAGCAGAAAGCAGCGGGCUCAAGGUUGGGGACCAGAUUCUGGAGGUGAAUGGGCGGAGCUUUCUCAACAUUCUGCACGAUGAGGCAGUCAAGCUGCUCAAGUCAUCCCAGCACCUCAUCCUGACGGUGAAGGACGUCGGGAGGCUACCCCACGCUCGCACCACUGUGGACGAGACCAAGUGGAUUGCCAGUUCCCGGAUUGGGGACAUCGCCACAAACUCAGCAGGGUUUCCUGGGGAUCUCACAGAAGGGACCAACAAGCUGGGGUUUUACAAGGGGCCGGCCGGCUCCCAGGUGACCCUGAGCAGCCUGGGGAACCAGACACGGGUGCUGCUGGAGGAGCAGGCCCGGCGUCUGCUGAACGAGCAGGAGCGCGCCACCAUGGCCUACUACCUGGAGGAGUACCGCCGCGGCAGCGUCUCUGUGGAGGCCCUCGUCAUGGCCCUGUUUGAGCUGCUCAACACGCAUGCCAAGUUCUCGCUCCUCUCUGAGGUGAGAGGCACCAUCUCCCCCCAAGACCUGGACCGCUUCGACCACCUGGUACUGAGGCGGGAGAUAGAGUCGAUGAAGGCGCGGCAGCCCCCGGGCCCUGGGGCUGGGGACAUCUACUCCAUGGUCUCCUACAGUGACACGGGCUCAUCCACAGGCAGCCACGGCACCUCCACCACCGUCAGCUCGGCCAGGAACACUCUGGACCUGGAGGAAACUGGGGAGGCCGUCCAGGGCAAUCUGAACACCCUCUCAGAUGUUUCCCUGGAUGAUGUCAAGUCCACUUCCAAGGGGCUGCCUAGCUACAAGCCACCGCCUCCCCCACCACCUCUGGUCCAAGGCCACGACCACCCGCUCUCCCAGCCGAGGAAGCUGGGCAGAGAGGACCUCCAGCCGCCUUCCUCUGCAUCUUCCCACUCUGGCAUCAUCUUCUCGGCUCCACGGAACCACAGCCCACCAGCGGGCACCACACCUGCUCCAGAGGACUCCUCUGGUUCAGCACAGGACUCACCCUCCUCCCCCAUCUACACCUCUGUCUCCCCAGCCAACCCCGGCUCCAAGAGGCCGCUGGAUGCCCAUCUGGCCCUGGUCAACCAGCACCCCAUCGGCCCCUUCCCACGGGUCCAGUCACCCCCACACCUGAAGAACCCCCCUGCAGAGGCCACGCUGGCCGGGGGCGGCCUUCCACCACCCUCCCCCUCUGGACGCCCAGACCAGACAGGUACAAACCAGCACUUUGUCAUGGUGGAGGUGCACCGCCCAGACAGCGAGCCUGACGUGAACGAAGUGAGGGCGCUGCCCCAGACACGCACAGCCUCCACGCUCUCCCAGCUCUCGGACAGCGGGCAGACACUGAGUGAGGACAGUGGCGUGGAUGCUGGUGAGGCAGAGGCCAGUGCCCCAGGCCGAAGCAGACAGACGGCGUCCACCAGGAGCAGGAGCAGCAAGGAGAUGCCUCGGAAUGAGAGGACCACCGAGGGGGCCACCAAACCGCCCGGACUCCUGGAGCCCACAUCCACCCUCAUCCGCGUGAAAAAAAGUGCAGCCACCCUGGGCAUCGCCAUCGAGGGUGGCGCCAACACCCGCCAGCCCCUGCCUAGGAUCGUCACCAUUCAGCGAGGCGGCUCAGCCCACAACUGUGGGCAGCUCAAGGUGGGCCACGUGAUCCUGGAAGUGAACGGGGUGACGCUUCGGGGCAAGGAGCAUCGGGAGGCCGCACGCAUCAUCGCAGAGGCCUUCAAGACCAAGGAACGUGACUACAUCGACUUUCUGGUCACCGAGUUCAAUGUGAUGCUCUAGGGUCCGAGGCCCGAGGGCCUCCCACUGCUGCCCAGCCCCUGGCCCUGGUCCCUCCUCCCUCCUGGCACUGUUGAGCGUCUUGAGGGGCAGGUGCUGAAUGGCCAGGGUAGCAGGAAGACAUCCCCCUACUCCUCAUGGCCCACUGGACCAGACCCAGGGGAAGAGAGCCAGGCCAGGCAAACAGAAGGUUAGGUCAGGAUCUGGUGCUGUACCCAGGCCAUAGUAGGCGCUCAAUACAAGCCUGGGUUUAGGAAAGGGAAGAAAGGAAGGGAAUGCCUG